AUGGUGCAGGGGACACGGAACACUGGGGCCACUGAGAGGCCCGGCUGCCUCCUGAAGGUUACGCGACGCAGCGGCGAGGCGCGGGGGGCACCCGCCCUCGCCGCCGCCUGCGCCGCCGCCCACCCCAGCGCCCGCCGCGCCGCGCCCGGCCGGCCCGGCUGCCGGCGGCUGCCACCGCAAUCCCGGCUCCUAAAUCAGCGCGGGGAGGCGCCCCCUCCCCCUACCCGGCUCCCGGGGCUCUCCGGACCGCGAUUGGCCGCGCCACCCCCGGCCCCCAGCUCCAGCUGCAGUGCCAUUGGCUGCGGGUCUCCGCCAGCCUUUACAUAA